GCAGUGGCUGAGGGGCGCUGACGUCGGCGGCUGAGCUGGAGAGUAGUUGGGAUUUUGCUCUGUCAGUAACACAUGUGUAAGAGCCGCGGAGGGAGAGCGCGAGCGGGCGAGAGGCCAGCGCCGCCUUCGAGCCGGGCAGCGGCCGCAGCAGUAGAGGCAGCAGCAGCAGCAGCCCGGACAGCAGCAGCAGCAGCCCUGCUUCGAGCCGGCCGUCGGGCUUGCCCCCAGCUCCGUUCGCUCCACUCCUCGUGCCUGCAUUCCUGCGGAAGGCUGCUCUGAGUGGCCUGCGAGGGACUCCGCCUGUCCGCCCGCCCAGCCACCCAGCCGCCCGCCCGGGCUGUUGUUGUUUCCGCUGCUGCUGCUGCCGCCGCUUUCUGGAUCUCAGCAAUCGCCGCCGCCUCCGCCUCCGCCAGACCAGAGCGAGCGAGGGAGGGAAGGAAGGAGGAGAAGAAGGAGGAGGAGGAAGGGGGGGCCGGGAGGGGGGGGCGAAUAUACAAAGUGAAGCCACAUUGCCAAACUUGCAGCAGCUACUGCAGCAGUCGCCGCCGCCGCGCCUGAAGCCGAGCAGCUCGCGGGGGCCCGAGAGCUAGCCAACCAGCCAGCCUUGCAGCUGCUCGAGCGAAGCUGGAGGAGGAGGAGGAGGAGGAAGAGAAAGAGAAGGACUGAGACUGAACCCUCUGCUCCUGGGCCGGGCGGCCACUUCACUGGGGGCACCCGACCCACCAAUAGAGCCGCGCAUUAAAAAAAAGAAAGAAAGAAAAAAGAUUACCUUGUCCCACCCUCUCCUCCUCCCCCCGUCCACUCCACUUCUGCAAGAAGAACUCGCUCCCUCCCUCCCUCCUUCCUUCCAUCCAUCUAUCCAUCCGGCUCCAUCAGUCCACCAGCCCCGGGGAAGCCGAACGAGCGGCUCCGCUGAGAUCUCGCAGCCGCCGCCGCCGCCGCCGUCCUUUUGCAAUAUAGGGGAGAAGCAGACCAUGGUGAAUCCGGGCAGCAGCUCGCAACCUCCCCCGGUGACGGCGGGCGCCCUCUCCUGGAAAAGGUGCGCCGGCUGCGGGGGCAAGAUCGCCGACCGCUUCCUACUCUAUGCCAUGGACAGCUAUUGGCAUAGCCGGUGCCUGAAGUGCUCCUGCUGCCAGGCUCAGCUUGGGGACAUUGGCACGUCCUGUUACACCAAGAGCGGUAUGAUCCUUUGCAGAAAUGACUACAUUAGGUUAUUUGGGAACAGUGGGGCAUGCAGUGCUUGUGGACAGUCCAUCCCUGCCAGUGAGCUUGUCAUGCGGGCGCAAGGCAACGUUUAUCAUCUGAAGUGUUUUACGUGCUCUACCUGCCGGAAUCGCCUGGUCCCGGGAGACCGGUUUCACUACAUCAACGGCAGUUUAUUUUGUGAACAUGAUAGACCUACAGCUCUCAUCAAUGGUCAUUUGAAUUCACUUCAAAGCAAUCCACUACUGUCAGACCAGAAGGUCUGCUAAAAGGUCAGAGUAAUGCAGAAUGCGUGCCUUCAUCUCAAAUUUUGUUCAUCCCAGAUGGAUCCCAUGUGUCUCCAGUAGACAAGUCACCUUUGUAGCUAGCCCCAGCGCCAGCUUCAUACCACUGCACCUUCUUUAUUCCUGAUUGCCCUUCCCACAUUUAUUGGUGUAUUAAAAUGACUGAAUAUGAGCAUUAAGGACUCCAUGAACCUGGGCUAAUGGGAGACUGUAGAGAAUAUGAAAAAAGAUCCACCGGAGGACAUCUUUGGGGGGGAGGGGGCUGGGGUGGGGGAGGGAAAUGACUAAUGAAGCUAAUUAAAAGAAGCAUUCAAAUCUGCUUUCUACCCUCAUUAACAAUUAGCAGGGCACUGGCCGGAGUUUGUACCCUGUGUUUUUCCUUAACAACAUUCUCUUUGCUCUCUGUAUAUUUAGGUGUCGUAAGGAAAUGUGUUUCAAUCCAAACUGAACAUGAGAUAAAGGAAAGAGAUGUGGCUUUUGUGAUACUCAAUCACACAAACACUUUUAUUGUAUCUCUGUAAAAUACAAUGUAUGUAUGCAUGUAAGUGUUUUUUGUCCUAAUGUUGCUACUUCCCAUGGCAAAAAAAAAAA